AUGUCUUCCAGGGUCAUCGAUUGGAUGGCGCCUGAACAGAUGACAUCGAAACAACUUUACUGGUUUGUGGUCAGUAGAGUGCCAUCCGCGUUUGCCUACACUUCCGCCGCGGGCGACCGACAUGAGGUCGAGGAGAACCGUCUUCCGUAUGAUAGAAGAGAGUACUGUGAGGUGAGGGUCAGAGGUGUGGUGUGGGAUCACGUCGCGAGUGGGGUCACGGUCGAGAUGAAUGAUGACAAGAGACACCAGGCACACCCUGACUGGGUGACGGCGUUCAAGGUCCUUAACACGAGCUCAUGGCCGAUCAAACAAGUGGUCUGUCGUCUCAAAACCGGGGUCGCUACGCCCGAGGCUCUUCGGGAGGUUCCGUUUGAAGGAGUCCUCAUCCCCUUGAGAUCCACUGGCGAUAUCGAGGUGCCCACGCUAGAUAGCAUAGACAACGUGGGGAUCGGGAGACUCGCAGCGGUAUGGCAGGGUGCUGGUCGACACCAACUUUGCGCGUAUUAUCAUCUGGGUGACUUCAAAAUGGACCCGGUUCUCAGAGCUCGGGGGGAAGAGGCUGAAGGGCUGAUGCUCCGGCGGCUGGGUGAUGCCUGGGUGAAUGGGACUGAGGUGUCUGAGACGGAUUUCGCGGAGCUAGAAGGGCUAGGGAUGAUAAGAUCCGAAUUCAUGACGCUGUUGCGAUAUACUGCCUGGAGGUUUUGCAGAAGAUCGGGAGGUGGUGAUGCGUAA